GAUGAGCGAUAGACGAGAAGAAAUCCAGCUAGCCGAUUGGGAAGAAAGAUUAUGGCUAGUAGCAAAAGUGAUUAUAACAUUAGCCGUAGUCUCUACUAAUAUUUGUCUUCUGAUAUCUUUGCCGAUUGACAAGCGACUAAGAAACUCUGCAUCAAGUCUACUCAUCUUUAAUAUGUCCUUCGUCGACUUGCUUAUUGCUUCCUUCUACCUGACUUUCCUAAUAGGUGGAGAUAUAGGACAAGCUUCUAAUUGGUUACCCAACCGAUGGAGAACUAAACUUUGGUUAACAACAUCUUCAUUACUUUUAUCUAUGUCCAUCAUCACUUCAUUAAUCGUUAACAUCGAAAGAUUGAUAGUUGUCAUCAAACCAUCAUUAUCGAACAGAAGUAAAACGUUUGUCAACGUGCUCAUGCUAACAUUAGCCUGGAUAGCAUAUGCUAUCGGAACAUUUACUUAUUAUUCCAACUGUGCGGAGCAAGCAUCUUUGAAAGAUUGGAAGAAAUUAGUUAUGAACGUUGCGGUGUGCGGUUGCGGUAUAAAGGCCAUUGUUCAAUCGCUUGUUAUUUUUUUCCUGCCAUCGUCAGUUUCGCUAAUUCUAAAUAUCAUUAUAUAUUGCAAGUCCCGGGCCACAUAUCGUCCCGUGAGACCAUCAGCCGAAGAAGAAGAAGAUCAAGAAGUUCCAAGGACUGCUAUGACUUUUAGUCCCCUUGUAAAAUGUCUUGCUCAUAGCCUUUUUAUUGUCCUAUAUCUACCUUUUUUCGUUGCUGCAAUUUGUCGCCAGAGGUCAGUUCCAUUAAGUUCACACAUAACCUAUGCCGUUCAGUGGUUUGCUGCAGUUAAUUGCGCAGUAAACCCAUUUAUCUGGUUAUUGGAUGACGAUGUUCGAAAGUCUUAUAUCCGAGUCGUGAGGACAAUUUUUUGCGAAAAGAAAAAUAAGCCUAUUGAGGGACGAAGUGAAAGCCUGGUCGUUCUACAAGAUGUUAGAUCAGAGGAUUCGAUGAGAGAUUUGGGAGACGCGCUAGCAAGCAUGGCGGAUGUGGCAGCUAUACUAUAA